AUGGCGGCGGGCCCGGCGUCGUCUCCUCCCCCUCAGGCUUGGGCGCGGCCCCGGGCCCCCGUGCUGAGCCCCCCGCCCGGCCUGGAGGGCUCCCUUCGCCUCUCGGGCCAAGGUCUGCGCAUGAAUAUACCCGAUGACCAAGCUGAUAAUCUGCUGUUAGCGAGCUGGGGGCUUCCCAAAGCAGUCCUGGAGAAAUACCAUCGUUUGGGAGUCGUGCAUAUGUUCCAGUGGCAAGCAGAGUGCCUGAUGGUUGGGCAAGCACUCGAGGGGAAAAACUUAGUUUACUCAGCUCCUACAAGUGCUGGGAAAACUCUCGUGGCUGAAUUACUCAUCUUGAAGAGAGUGCUGGAAACUCGCAAAAAGGCCCUGUUCAUCCUGCCUUUUAUCUCUGUGGCCAAAGAGAAGAAAUUUUACCUGCAGGCUCUCUUCCAGGAAGUUGGUGUUCAAGUGGAAGGGUACAUAGGCAACGUUUCCCCGGCUGUCGGUUUCUCUGCCUUGGAUGUGGCCAUCUGUACUAUCGAGAGAGCCAACAGUCUGAUCAACAGGCUCAUAGAAGAGAACAUGAUGGACUUACUGGGAAUCGUGGUUGUGGAUGAGUUGCACAUGUUAGGAGAUUCUCAUAGAGGGUAUUUACUGGAACUCCUGUUGACAAAAGUUCGCUUUUUGACAGAGCAAAAGAAAGACAAACAAACGAGCAGGCCGCUUUCGGACAGGACACAAAUUGUUGGCAUGAGCGCCACCCUUCCUAAUCUGGAUCUCCUGGCGUCCUGGCUAAAUGCCGAUCUGUACCACACAGAUUUCCGUCCUGUGCUUCUUAUGGAGCAGUUGAAAAUUGGCAGCAAAGUGUAUGACUCUUCAAUGAAACUUGUGAGAGAAAUCCAGCCUCUACCGCAUGUGAAGGGAGACGAGGACCACGUGGUGAGCUUGUGUUACGAGACGGUUCAGGACGGCCAUUCGGUCCUCGUGUUCUGCCCGUCGAAGAACUGGUGCGAGAAGCUGGCCGACAUCAUCGCUAGGGAGUUCUUCAGAAUCCACCAGGAAUGCCUUCGGAAAACCUCCAGUCUGUCCCCGGUGGCACUGGACUCUCAAGGGAUCGAGCAGUUGCUGGGCCAGCUGAAGCGUUCUCCCUCUGGCCUGGACUCUGUGCUUCAGCAGACUAUAAAAUGGGGAGUUGCAUUUCAUCACGCAGGUCUGACUUUCGACGAGCGAGACAUCGUCGAAGUGGCGUUCCGUCAAGGGGUGCUGCGAGUCUUAGUGGCCACCUCGACGCUUUCUUCCGGGGUGAACCUGCCUGCGCGUCGGGUGAUCAUCCGAACUCCUGUGUUCGGCAGCAGGUCGCUGGACGUCUUGACAUACAAGCAGAUGUCUGGGAGAGCUGGGAGGAAAGGUGUAGACACAGUCGGCGAGAGCAUUCUGGUGUGCAAGCCCUCGGAGCGGACGAAAGGGGUUGCGAUGCUUCAGGGCAGCCUCAGGCCAGUCCGCAGUUCUUUGCUCCGGCAGGAGGGAGAAGAGGUUACGUCCAGCAUGAUCCGAGCAAUCCUCGAGGUCAUAGUCGGCGGAGUAGCUAGUUCUCCAGAAGACAUCCAGAUGUACGCUUCCUGCACGCUCCUUGGUGCUAGUCUGAAAGAUGACUGUCAGGACAGCGGGAAAGAUCGGGAGAGGAUUUGUCACGGGUCCAUUGACGCUUGUGUGAAAUGGCUGCUGGAGAACGAAUUCAUCCAGGUUUUAACCUCUGACGCAGGCAAAGAAAUGUACUGUCCAACACACCUUGGGUCUGCCACCCUGUUUUCCUCCUUUUCCCCUUUCGCAGCCCUGGAAAUCUUUGCUGAUCUCCAGAGAGCAAUGAAGAGUUUUGUCUUGGAAAAUGAUCUGCACAGUCUCUACCUGGUCACUCCAGUAUAUGAAGACUGGGCCAAAAUUAACUGGUACCAAUUUUUUUGCCUGUGGGAGAAGUUGUCGGCCUCGAUGAGAAGGGUGGCGGAGCUGGUGGGGAUCGAAGAGAGCUUUCUGGCUCGCUCCGUGAAAGGCAAGAUCGUGGCCAGGACGGAGAAGCAGCAUCGGCAAAUGGCCGUCCACAAACGAUUUUUCACCAGCCUUGCCCUUUUGGAUUUAAUCAAUGAGGUGCCUUUGAAGGACGUGGCUAAGAAAUACAGUUGUAAUCGUGGGCAGCUUCAGUCUUUACAGCAGUCCGCUGCUACUUAUGCAGGGAUGAUAACUGUUUUCUGCAGCCGCCUGGGUUGGCACAACAUGGAGAAGCUGCUCUCCCAGUUCCAGAGCCGCCUCACUUUCGGGGUCCAGCGGGAGCUCUGCGACCUGGUCCGGAUCUCCCUGCUCAACGCCCAGUGUGCCCGGGCGCUGUACCAGGCCGGGUUCGUCACGGUAGCCGACCUGGCGAAAGGGGACGUCGCCGAAGUGGAGAACGCUUUCAGGAACGCAGCGCCGUUCCGGAGCACUCGUAAGGCGGUGGAUGAAAACGACCAAGCUGCGGAGGAGCGCCUGAACGCCCACUGCAUCUGGAUGGCCGGAUGGAAGGGUUUAACUGAGAGCGAGGCAGCCCACCUUGUGGUGGAAGAGGCUCAGACUCUUCUCCAGCAGGAUCUGGCCGCUCUGGGGGUGCAGUGGAACCCCGACUCGUCCGUCGUACCAGAUGCAUCUUUCACAGCUUCCAUUAUGAGCAGCAGGCUGGAGGAGGAGAGGCGAAGAGCGAACGGCACGUCGGCAUUUGGAAAUAGCGGCAGUGUGAAGGUGCCCGGCCAGAGUGCCAGUUCUCAGGGAGGGCAAUCAUCAGCUGUCAAGCCUAGAAACAAGAGGUGCUUGGAUGUCAGUUCAGCAAGCGAGAGGUUCCAAGAGGAGGCUGUCAUAGUUGGGGCCACAACAGAGGCAAGAAACGGCGACGCGUUGUCCAGUGCGAGGAAACGUCCAAAUCUAGACAAAGACAGAGAAAACGUGGCAGAUAUUUCUGUGAUGGGAAAGUUGGACUUGAGUGAAGCAACGAAAAGCACUGAGCAGAGGAAAAGGCCACCCUUGAAAGCUCACAGUGCAAUGAAAUAUAGAAAAAAGGUUGGGAUUCCUUUAAAGCCAAGUAAUAACAGGACGGGGAGUGCUAAACUGAGUCAGCCUCUGAUUCAGGAGUCUUUCAUGUAUAGAAACCUCGAUAAGCCCUUUCUGUCCUCACAAAAGCAUCCCCGACAAGUAGAUAAAGCCUCGUUAGAUAAUCUGGGAAGAGUUGACAAAGUAGCCACAAGGACAAAUGAAACUCGGCAAAGUAGCCGAGGGGUCGUGCAAGCGCUGUUUACCGAACCUAUAAAUAGCCCUGAAUCCAAGUAUGCGUUAACGGUAAAUUGCCACGCCGUUCAACCUGUUACAGACUCUGUGGUCAGAACUGUUGGUAGCAGAACGGAUGAUACAGAAACAUUAGCGAUAUCUAACAAGGCACUGAAAUGGGACGGUAAUUGGGACGGAGCCCAGCAAGGUAAAAACAGUGCUAAGCCCUUAAUUGCUGAAAGUAAAAUAGACCAAAUCAAAAGUACUUGUAUCGAAGAAGCAGCUGGUGCUGCUGACACACGUGGAAGAGAACCAAAAGCAAUUGGCAGUUGUCAAGAGAGAGACAAAAAUAGCCCUGGGACAUUGUUACGAGCCCCAAACGUGGGCAUAGUGGAUGAACACCCCAACGAUUGCCAGAAAGGUACUGAACAUCUUCAGAACGGUUGUUCCCCUGACCUGUAUUUGGGCUUUAAGGAAUUUGAAGACAGCUUCCAGUUGGAUACUCAAACAGAGAGGAUACUUCAACAACAGACGACUGCUGAAACUGCUGAUGAAGUAGUAAAAGAGAGAGCAAAUCCAGCAGAGAAAAGCUUCAUUUGCUCAAGGCUUUUUAAUACUUUGAAAACGGAUCCUGCGUGUGCUGCGGAAAAUCUAGUGUGCAGGAUAGCCGGACUGUCCCACCCGGGGGUAAAUGAAGUAGCCAAAAACACCGACUUGAUAUGCACAGAAGUGGUCAACUCUGGGAACUCUCUUGUCAAGCCUGUUCAGAAACACCCGGUAACGCCGGCUUGCCUAGAAGGAAAUAGUUUUUCCGUCAUCGACUCCCAGUUACACAGCUUCUUACAAGGUUAUCAGACUCCAAAGCUCGUGGAAAGGCAGGGGUCUCCUAGUCUCCCUGAGGAAGCUUCUCUAUCCCACAACCAGAACCUUCCCCCCAUAACUGCUGAGCGUCAUCCCCUGCCAAAGACAAAUCUGAAUAACAGCGACAGUUUUCUGUUCGACGAAAGCUUCACUCACUUUAGCUACCCCCCGGAUGUUCAGAUGGAUGAAAUGGUUGUGGCGGGGGCUCUUCCACAGCAGAACCGUGCCCCCCAUCCUUUAAAAACCCCUCCAAAGUCUGAUGGACAGAACCCGGGGUCAGCUAAGGGCAUGUCUCAUGCCAGCCUGGAGGACGCUCAGGAACCGCUAGGGUACAGUGACCACGAAUCUCUUCUUUUCUCAGACCCGGAUUCUUUCCACAUCGCCGAAGGAUUAGAUAAGGCAGCCGUGCCUCCUCUUUGGGGAGGCAUCAGCAUGAAACUGAAAAAAACGAAUGGGGAAACGAGCGGUGCGACUGCCGGGAAAGGGGCCUGUGAAAACCAGCCGAAAUAUUGUGUAGCAAAAAAACCUGGCCCAGUGGUUCAGAGUCGCUUAUCAUUUGACUUAAGCCCAGGAAUGCAAGAGGUUUUGGAUCGAUGGCCCAGCCCCUCUGUUGGUAAACCUCAGCUAAGUCCAGGGAACAAUUUGAGGGGAGAAAUCCCCAGCAAAACUCAGGAUUCUCCCACCGUUUCAGGCCUCUGCUGUGAUCGGCAGGAGCUGUUAUCCUCUUGCAAAGAUUUAACCAGCAAGUGUGUGACUAAAGGGGUGGCUGGUCAGAGUAAGGCCUAUGGAUCUUUGCUGGAUAAGAGGGGUGGAAGAUCUGAUGCAGAUGGGAACAAGGGGCUCCUUUCCCGAAUUAUCCUCAUGGAGCCUACAUCUCACUGUUUGGAGCAACCCUUGGUGACACAUGCACAGCCAGGAAAGACAAAUCCCGCAAACCAAUUCCACCUCUUGCAGAACGUGAACCUUGGUUCACACCUGCGAGAAGAAAUCUUGCAAUAUAAACCAGAAAAUGGAAACCCGGGCGAAGUGCCACUCGAGGAGGACAAUUCGAUCAUAGAUGACGGCUUCUCACUGCAGUUAUCCCAAGACAACGUCCAGUCGCUGCCGAGCAGUGCCGAUACCUUCACGAUAAUUGAUGUGGCAAACGCUGAGGCUCUCUUCCAAACCUUCACCGAGGAAUGGAGAACAAAAAAGAAAUUUGCAAUCUCCAUAGCUUGUGAAAGAAGAAAAGGCUGCCUUUCUCUCCAAUCGGGUAUUGGCACGAAAUUUAAGCCAGAAGAAACUUCCCAGCAUCAGGACGAUGGGUUUCCCAUUGAGGGCGCCGAAGGCCUGUUGGUAGUUGGACUGUCCGUGUGCUGGGGCGGAAAGGAUGCGUAUUACAUCUCAUUGCAAGAGGCAGCACCCGAGCAAGCUGAAAUCCACGGCAGCUUGGCACCACCACCCCUGGAUCAGAACCUGUCUGUAGCAGAGCGACUGUGGCAACUUCAGCGCUGCCUGCAGGAGUCCGAGAGGGCGUUUUCGCUUGCCGCGUUCGACUUUAUCCAGCACUACAAGACUCUCCUAAAGGCUUGUGGCGUCUCUUUGGCGGGCUGUUUCGAGGACCCAAAGGUGGCCUGCUGGCUUUUGGAUCCUGGGUCUAAAGAGCGCUCUCUUCACAACAUGGUCACCAACUUCCUUCCCCAGGAACUGCCUUUGCUCGACGGGAUUGGGGCAGGCCAAGGAAGGCAAAGCCUGGGGCUGGGCGCUGGCACUGAUCAGCCUGGGCGGUAUCGGGCCACUGUGGAGUCCGUGCUAGUCUUCCACAUCAUGGAUCAACUCAACGCUCUGUUGCGCCAAGAUAACUUGCAAGACAUUUUUUGCAACGUGGAGAUGCCAAAUCAGUAUUGCUUGGCUUUGCUGGAGCUCAAUGGCAUGGGCUUUAGCACGGUGGAGUGUGAGACGCAGAAACAUGUCAUGCAGGCAAAACUGAACGAGAUCGAGAAUCAGAUCUACCGGCUGGCGGGCCACACUUUCUCCUUAACCAGUCCUGACGACAUAGCUGAGGUGUUGUUUCUGGAGCAGAAACUGCCACCGUACAGCGAGUCCAAAGCGCAACAGGGCAAGAAGACCUUAGGCUACACCCGAAGGGCCACCGCAAAUGGGAACCGGAGCAGACUGGCAAAGCAGUUCAGCACUACCAAGGAUGCUUUAGAGAAGCUGAAGGUGCUGCACCCUUUGCCGGGCCUGAUUCUAGAAUGGAGGAAGAUCACCAACGCGAUCACCAAAGUGGUGUUUCCCCUGCAGAGGGAGAAGCGUUUGAAUCCUGUCCUGGGAAUGGAGAGGAUCUAUCCUGUUUCUCAGACUCACAGUGCCACAGGGCGCAUAAGCUUCCGAGAACCAAACAUACAGAACGUGCCAAAAGACUUUGAGAUCGAAAUGCCGACCUUGGUGGAAGAGAGCCCAACUUCCCCGGGAAAACGCAACCGGCCCGGUUUUCUAGGAAGCAGAGGCAAAAAGUGGUACGUCUUACCACGUGAGCCUAAGAGUCCGACUGAAGUGUCGCCGAAGGGAAGAAAAGUUCCAUUUUCUGUUAGCAUGAGGCAUGCCUUCGUUCCAUUUCCAGGUGGUUUAAUUUUGGCCGCUGAUUACUCCCAGCUUGAGUUGCGGAUCCUCGCUCACUUGUGCGGCGAUAGUCGGCUCCGCCAGGUCCUCAACAGUGGCGCAGACGUCUUCCGGAGCAUCGCAGCCGAGUGGAAGAUGAUUGGCCCAGAGGCUGUUGGGGAUGACUUGCGGCAGCAGGCCAAGCAGAUCUGCUAUGGAAUAAUAUAUGGAAUAGGAGCUAAAUCGCUCGGAGAGCAGAUGGGAAUGAAGGAGGCCGAUGCCGCCCGCUACAUCGAGUCCUUCAAAUCAAGAUACGCUGGUAUUCCGAAGUUCUUGAGAGAGACGGUGGAGAAGUGCAGGCAGCUUGGAUUCGUCCAGACCAUUGUGGGCCGGCGUAGAUACCUGCCAGCUAUUAAGGACCCCAACCCAUACAAGAAAGCGCAGGCAGAGAGGCAGGCCGUGAACACCAUUGUCCAGGGCUCGGCAGCCGACAUCGUGAAAAGGGCCACGAUCAACAUCCAGGGCCAACUGGAAGCUUUACCUUCAACUGUGAAAUCAUACGGCCACCUGGAGAGCUCCGUCCAAAAGAGGCGGACAGGAAAAUCGGGACGGGCGGAAAAGAGGCAGAUAUUAUAUCCCAGCCGCGGGGGUUUCUUCAUCCUCCAGCUCCAUGAUGAACUGCUCUAUGAGGUCGCAGAGGACAGCAUGAUUCAGGUGGCGCAGAUCGUGAAGCACGAAAUGGAGAAUGCCGUGAAGCUCUCCGUGAAGCUCUCCGUGAAGGUCAAAGUGGGACCCAGCUGGGGAGAUCUGCAAGAGCUUGAGUUAUGA